ACUCUAUUGGGGCUGCUUCAGGACAGAAGAAUGAGAUUUGUGCGACUUUAAAGUGGAUCAGUGUUUUGUAAUGAUCCCCUUUUUUUUUUUUUUUUCUUCCUCUGUGCGCCUGCCUAUUAUUAGCUACGGAGGCCUUACAGUAAGUGCAAGUUGGCUCCAUGACGGUCAGAGCUGUAGCUCUGCAAAGCGGUGGCAGAUUUCAGAGCAGCGGUCGGGCUCCUAGCGCUGCAGUCGCCUUUAUAUGCACUGAUCCCGAGGGGCUUUUCACCUAAACGUCAGCGCUCGGUCGGCUAUUUUCCCAGUCUCGGUCGGAUCACCUUGCCCCGAAGAUGAAGCUGAAUACGAGCAACCGUCAGGUGCGAACCGCAUCCGAUGGAGCCCCGCUUUCCGACUCGCUCAUCGACCAACCUAAUGCAGCACUUCCUUUUGUUGCGGUCCCAGUUGACGGAUACUGAUAUGGACUAUGAGAGGCCAAACGUUGAAACUAUCAAGUGUGUGGUGGUGGGAGACAAUGCAGUUGGAAAGACCCGCCUUAUCUGCGCCCGGGCCUGCAAUGCCACACUCACUCAGUACCAGUUACUUGCUACGCAUGUGCCCACAGUUUGGGCAAUCGAUCAGUACAGAGUAUGCCAAGAGGUGUUAGAGCGCUCCAGAGACGUAGUGGAUGAUGUGAGUGUGUCCCUCCGGCUGUGGGACACUUUCGGAGAUCAUCAUAAGGACCGGCGUUUUGCAUACGGCAGGUCCGAUGUUGUGGUACUGUGCUUCUCCAUUGCGAACCCCAACUCUCUGUACCACGUAAAGACCAUGUGGUACCCUGAGAUUAAGCACUUCUGUCCCCGCGCUCCUGUCAUCUUGGUAGGGUGCCAGCUGGACCUGCGCUAUGCAGAUCUGGAGGCAGUCAACAGGGCACGGAGGCCUUUGGCCAGAAAAUCUGAGCUUGUAAGUAAUUCCCCGUCCUGUCUUCCUGUUUGUAAGGUGCUGCUUCCCAACACGACCCGGAGCUGCAUGCGAGCUGUGCUGGAGUAUCUCUACAUGGGUAGAUUCUGCUCUCGGUCGGACUUGGACGCGAUGGAGCUCAUUGUUCUUGCCAACCGUCUUUGCCUCCCCCACCUGGUCGCUCUCACAGAACUCUACACAGUAACAGUUUUGACGGAGUCGGCGAUGAUGGGGACGGACAUUGAUGGCGAUGUGCUGAUAUACUUGGAUAUGGCCCAGUUCCACGGAGCCCAGCAGCUGACUGGAUGGUGUUUGCACCAUAUUUGCACCAACUACAACAGUGUCUGCCGCAAGUUUCCACGUGAAAUGAAGGCAAAGUCCACAGAGAACCAAGACUACUUUGAGAAACAUCGCUGGCCACCGGUUUGGUACUUGAAGGAGGACGACCACUAUCAAAGAGCACGCAAAGAGCGUGAAAAAGAGGACUACCUGUACCAGAGACGGCAAUGUAAACGCAAGUGGCUCUUCUGGAACCUUCCUUCCUCCCCAAACUCAAACUCACCCUCCGGAUCAUCUGCCAUUAUUUGACCAGGUGGUAAGGGCGGGGUCCAGUCUGGAGUCCAUCUGUAUGUUUGCAAAUUGUAAAGAACACAGUAGAAGAUAAGCGCUGAGAGGUUGGUAUACUCCAAAUAUUCAGGCAGACUGUUUAUGCCCCUGCCUCCUUGGGCAAACACUCCAGGUUUGCAAAGUCAGCUCAGAGUUGUGAAUAAAUUUCUAAGUAUUACUCCUUACAAUUUCAGCUGUUGGUUUGCUAAACUCAAACCAAACCUCCGUAGUAUAAACCGUCUCGACUUAUGGCACGGUGGAACAAGUGCAAAGAUCAGAUCUUGUGGAUUGCUAAAUAUUCCCAUAUUAGAAUUUUAAGUUUAAUAAAUUACAAAUUUGCCAGCACAGAACUUUCAACCUGUGGCUAUAAAUAAAUAUCAAUAACCUGAGCUGACAACUAAGUGCUGCUUACCAGCUGUGACAACCAGCAAUUCAACAGUAACUCAAGCCUCAGAGAUCUAACACUUUGCUCUUAAGUGUUUGUACAAUCUGCCAGACCGCAUGUUGAUUAUGGUUUCAAACUGGAGAUAACAAAAGUACGGCUUGUCCCGAAAGAGGAAACUACAAUAAUUCAUUUGGAGGUUUCUAUGACGAUCAUAUCCGCAAAAGAAACAACAAAAAAACAAACACAAGCACUUCUAUUCCUGUUAUUUUUGUAUGUUUAUUCAACUUUGCAGAAUUUGUACAAUAAGCUUUCACAGCUUAACCUGGUAUCUCUUGACACACGUACCACCUACAUAUCGUGAUCUUUUGGUCUGUGGCUUUUUGCCACAAAAGGGCUUAAGUUCACCUGAAUGGAUACAGUGUCAUCUGACACAAAGGAUUCCUGGUUUGAGUUGCUUCAUUCUUUCAAUUGCCCCUGAAUGCAGCUGUCGCCACUACUAUUCUAAAUGGGUUUGCUCAAUGUGGAUUAAUAGCACACAUGUUUAACUACAUGUCUCCAUAAAAUAGUUCUGUCAUUUUUACUGCUGUCAUCCUAAAAAGCAACAGAUAAUGUAUUAAUCAUCAGAGCUGAAGUGAUUGUAGUGUUACCGUAUUUGUCUGUGGUGGUAACUUGUUUUUAAGAGAUUUGCCACUCUGAAUGUGAUGGGUUAUUUGAAAUCUGUACAUGGCAGAGUCUGUGGGUUUUCAGUCGUCGUGAAGGGGAUGGGUUAGGAGUCAUCUUACCACUGGAUGAUCUAAUCCCUACUCUUCAACAUCACCACAAGCACUUUCUGAACUCCAGAGGGAAACAUAUGAACUUCCAGUGGCAGCAUACUGCUGAGCAGCAUUAGACUGUGUUGUGCUAUGUCAAGACGGGCUGCAGAGGAAACAAACUGCAGCAACAUUUAAGGUCGCUCAAUUCUGUUUGCGACUAUCAAAUCAUCUUUCUGGACUUGUUUUGCACACCUUGCUGUAUGUCAUGUUCAAGUUUGUCAUCCACUGUUGCUCUUGAUUGUACGAUGGGCUGCAGAAUGUUUCAGAUUUGCAGGCAUAGUGCUCAGAGAGGAUGGAUAGAUUUGUAAAUUGUGUUAAAUAUCAGAUAAACUCUAAUGUACUGCUGUUACCUAAUAUUGUGCACUGCUGGCAGUGAGCAAAAUCUUACUGUAUUACUCAGUAAAACUGAAAAUAGACUUAUCGAAAUUGUUUUUAGUUACUGUGCAGCUACUUACUGGUGUUUGAAAUAACUGAGUACUAAAUUGUGCUGAUUUCCAGCUACAUCUGUUACAUACUUUACUGUACAUGCAAAUUAUAGGCAGGUAAAUUUAACAGUGGAUUAUACUGUAUGUAAAAUAUAGUUUUAAAGUAAAGUAGAUAUUCACAUAUACGAAUGAUAUCAUGAAAAUGUACGUUACAUCCUUAAAUCAUGCUCUGGUUAUACGAAAACAGACUUUUCAUUGCAGCAUUAGCUUACAUAGUGUCAAUUUUAAAAAAAAAAGGUUUUCUUUAAUAUUGUAUAUUAUUGUUUGUUGUUUUGACUGACUGGAUGUGAAGGAUCUGGCAAAGGUCUUCAUACCGCUUUUACCUUUUCACAUGUCACAUUGCAACAGACUUUAAGAUAUUUUAUUGGUAUUUAAUCCGACAGGCAGCAUGACAGUUUCUUUCAGGUGGGAAGAAACUGUCAAAAUUCUUCGCAGUAAACAAUUUCUUAAAAGUGUACAUCUGUGUGUUCCCCCCUUAUUCAAUACUAUGUAGAACCACCUUUACCUGCAGGCACAACUGCAAGUUUUUUUAGGCUAUUUCUCUCAAAGGCUUACAAACUUUUGCCUUGCUAACACUUAAAAUUUGCUAUGAUCUUAACUAUGCUGUUGCAGCUGUUGUCAUCGUGGAAGAUGACCCCAUGGGAUGGUGGGUUCAGGAUUAUGUGCAGUGUUAGUUUUCCACAACACAUUGCAUUGCCAUGGAGUUCAAAUUCAAUAUAAAUUGAACUUAGAGACUCUUCUAUCACAUUCUGGUUCAGCUCCCUACAUGAUGAGGCAAACUGCAGACAAGACUUCUGCAGGCCUUUCUUAAUGCCUCUCAUCUGUAAAAGUUAGAUUAGUAAAAUAGAUUUAUAAUAGUUGUUCUGCUGACAAAUGCUUCCACCUAAGUUGUUGAUCUUUGCAGCUUCUUUGGAGUCAUCAUUGGCCUUUUUGCUGCUUCUUUGAUUAAUGCCCUUCUUUCUGUUUGUCAGCCGCAUCUUGGUACUUGUGAACUUGUUCCACACUGUUUCCAUUUUCAGAUGUUGGGGGAAAAAUUAUUAUAGGAUAUUACACAGAGGUGGACUUUGACAGUACUUGUUUGUACCAGAUUUUAUUUUGUGGUAUUAACGAGAAGGAUAUGAAUGCAUUCAAAUUUUGAAAAGCAUAUUCCAUUUUCCUUCCACUUAAAAGCCCUGUUAUAAUGUUUGUACCUGUUAUGUGGAGGGAAUGUAGUUGCAAUGCGAAAGAGGUAUGAACACUUUUCAUGGCACUGUACAUUCUGACCCCCAUAAAGAAAACAAAAGAGAGGAUUUACUUAGUAAUAAAACCUUGCUUGUAUUUACUGCUGACCUUAUAAAUAAACACCAUAAGCAGAUUGUCAAAAUAGAAAACUUGAUAGCUUUUAAAAUGUACUAUGUUAGAUAAGAGGUGAGGUUGGUGCUCUAAGUAGCAACUUUAUGUAAUUUCCAGGUUAGCUAAUGCCAAUUGAAAAUGUUUCUUUGCAUUUUUAUUAAUGUAAACAUAUUUUGGCACAGUUUCUUGAUUGGAAACAAUGUAGAGCUGAACUUUUAGUAAUUCUGGAUGUUGUAAACAUUUUCAGUUAUAUUUAGUAGGUUAACUGCUGGAAGGUCUAUAAUUUUAUAUAAUUUGCCUUUACAGUGUGACUGCACAUUUUCAUCGACAUGCAUUUCAUUCCUCGGUGCAUUGCAUUUCUCAGUGAUUCUUCUGUUGAUGUUUUGCAUCAACAACACCUCAUGCCUUAAUGUACAGUGUACUGUAGUGUGUGGUAAUGAAUGUAACGUCAUGUAACUCUGGUCAUCAACUUGUUCGCUGUUAUCUUAAGCUGCCUGGUGCUCCCUGGUGUGUAUCUGUAACUGUGCACAACCCAUAAUUUGGAUUUAAAGUCUGAAGUUACUUGAGUUUGAAUAUUGCAAUACUAAAACCAAUAAUACAAACCUACUUUAAUACUUUUACUCACUAAGGCCAGACUUUGAUGACAAAUCAGCAAAUUGUGACACUAACAAUGAAAUGAAUGCAGGGAUUUCACAUUCAUUUCACAGUUUUAAAGCUUCCUUACGAAGCUCCUACGGUACUUUUGUGUCUGCGUAGCUACAAAAUCUUAAAAAUAUAUGGGAAAAGAAAUUACAAAUGUACGCAAAUAUUUGUUCUGGAAUUAAAAAGUUAAGUACCAUAGCUUUUUGCAUUAGAGCAAUUUAUUGCAGUACCUGUUUUGUACUAUGCAUAUAGAAAUACAAACUUGCACUGCUUUGUAGCACAGGUUUUCUUCAAAUUGCAACAUCAUUAGGCAAAUGAAAAUCAGGUAAUAAAGAGAUCAGAUUAGAUAAAUUGCAAAGAGGCUGUCAGUCGCCGGGGCCCAAUUCCAUACGUUCGGGUGCUAUAUUUCAGCUACAGAACAGCACAAACCAAAGGGAGCUUUAGGAGCACCAGAAAUAUGUAGUAUAUGCUGCACAAUCACUACUGCAUAGUAUGUGAGGCCUUGUUCCGAAACGGUAGAAAGGCAAAUUUGAAACAAGAACAGAAAAAGAAAAUCUACAUAUAUGAAUAUGUUCUCAGUGUCUGAAGCCUGGUUGACAUUUUAUGUGAUCUCCAGGUGUGUUUUUUGCUGUCGAGCUGUUUUUAUGGUUUAGGAGCAGUAAAUCUUUAAAAAAGAAUUAAAACAAAAAGAAUCUGUAGCAUGUGAUAUUGAAAGUGUGUAUAUAACAUUUAAAUAAAGAAAAAUCUACAUGUUCGGUG